AUGCUUGGACUGGGUCUUUCGCUAGGUUUCUUCUUUGGGUUUACAAUGAAGGCUCCAGAAUGGAAGUUCCCAGAAUCUUCAACUACUCCAAUUGACAAGUUAUUGAAGCCUCAGUAUGCUGAUAGCUCUGAUUUAUUCACAGGAUUGAACAAAAUUGCUAAAUUAUUGGGACAAACUAAUGUUUCAUAUGAUAAGGAGGAUUUAAUCGCGUAUGCUUCAAAUUCAUAUUCAACUCAUUCACCUUCAUCAGAUCAACGUCCCAAAAUGAUUUGUUAUCCAAGAUCAACUGAAGAGGUCUCCGAAGUGCUAAAGGUUUGUCACCAAUAUAGUAUCCCAGUGGUUCCAUAUUCUGGUGGUACUUCAAUUGAAGGAAAUUUUAUAUCAACAAGACCGGGGUUAUUGUUAUCUUUGGCCAAUAUGGACAAUAUCAUCAAUUUUAAUAAACAAGAUUUGGAUGUCACAGUGCAACCAGCUGUUGGAUGGCAAGAUUUGAAUGCCUAUUUAGAGCCUGAAGGUUUCAUGAUUGGCCCAGAUCCUGGCCCUGGUGGUCAAAUUGGUGGUAUGAUUGGAACUUCUUGUUCAGGUACAAAUGCUGCUAGAUAUGGUACUAUGAAAGAGAAUUGUAUUAGUGUUACUGUUGUUUUAGCUGAUGGAACUAUCGUUAAGACCAAGAAUAGGCCAAGAAAAUCCAGUGCUGGUUAUAAUUUAACAGCUAUAUUUGUUGGUAGUGAAGGUACUUUAGGAAUUGUUACUGAAGCCACAUUAAAAGUUCAUGUCAAACCAAAAGUUGAAAGAGUUAGUGUUGUUAGCUUCCCAAGAAUCAUUGAUGCUACAAAUAUGGUUACACAAUUGAUUCAGGAAGAUAUUGUGGUAAACGCUGUGGAGUUAUUAGAUGAUAAUAUGAUUAGCGUUAUUAACCAAACUGGUCAACUGAAGAAAUCCUGGCCAGUUGCACCAACUUUAUUUAUCAAACUAGGAGGAUCAGAAGAAAAUGUAUUACAAAGAUUGACCCAAAAAAUUGAAGGUAUAAGUCUUGAAAACAAUGCAACUCAAUUUCAAUCAGCAGGUAAUAAUCAAGAUUCUGAAGAUUUAUGGAUGGCUCGUAAAAUUGGAUUUUGGUCAACAAUUGAAUAUGCUAAACAAAAUAUUUCACCAGAUAUCAAAGUUUGGGUCACUGACGUUGCAGUGCCAAUCUCGAAAUUAUCCAAAAUAAUGGAUGAAACAGCUAAAGAAGUUAAAGAAUCUGGUGUUUUCGGCACUGUUUUGGGUCAUGUUGGUGAUGGUAAUUUCCAUUGUAUUCUAACUUAUAAACCUGAAGAAUAUGAAAAAGUUAAACAGAUUAGUGCAAAUGCUGUAAGAAGAGCAAUUGAUAAUGAAGGUACAUGUACUGGUGAACAUGGUGUUGGUGUUGGUAAAAGACAAUAUUUAAUAGAGGAACUUGGUGAAAAUAGUGUGAAUUUGAUGAGAAAAUUAAAAAUGGCACUAGAUCCAAAAAGAAUUUUGAAUCCUGAUAAGAUUAUCAAAAUUGAUCCAGAAGACCCAAACAAAUUUUAA